AUUCCCUUUGGACUCUUCAUGAGAGUGAUUGGGUUGAGAGAAAAGAAUACUCCCCCACUCCUACUCUAAUCAUUCGGAUAACUCACACAAGAGAGGGAGAGGGAGGAGACUUGAGAAAAUCUCAGAAUAUCCCUGAGCUUGAAGAACCAAAGGAAGAAGGAAAUCCCAAAAAAAAGCUUGAGUUUGAGGAGUCGAAAUCGCCGGAAACCGCCACUCCAAAGAUGCUGUUCGUAGUUGCAGACUACGAAAGCCGCCCGGCUUUCGUGAAAGCCGCCCGGCUUUUGCCCAGAAAUCCAGUUUUUCACUUUCAAUCGGCCUAGAACGGGGAUUGAUCGAGUAGCUUAGCAAAGGCAACUAUUUCAGCACUUCAUAAGGUAGAACUUGAAGGUUACUGCCACCGCCCGUUGCUUCGGGAGGAUCAGAGGGAGAAGACGUGGUUCGUGCUUCUUCCGUUUCUGUUUUGAAACAACUUAAAUAAUGCUCAUGGAUAUUAUUUUUUUGAAUAAUUACUUUGGGGGCUUGUAUGCCUAGUUAUGCCAAGUGUGGCCUGAACAAUUGUAUUAAUGCUUCCGCUGUUUUAAAUGAAUGUUUUACAUUAUGGUUGUUU